AUGUUUCCUUUGGAGAAAGAGCGAGAAGAGAACCCAGCUCAACUGAAGCAAUAUAUAUUAAGCAAGCUCGGAAAGAUACCUGAUAAAGUAAAACCUGUGGUAGAAAACACCAAAUUGGAUGCUUUUAUAUCCUCUCCAUUGAGAUAUAGACAUCCUUGGGAGCUUCUUUGGGGAAACAUCAGCAAAGGCAAUGCUUGUGUCUCAGGGGACGCGCUCCACCCCAUGACCCCAGACAUUGGCCAAGGCGGCUGCUGUGCAUUAGAAGACAGUGUUGUAUUGGCAAGGUGUCUUGGUGAGGCCUUGUUGAAGAACUCAGGGGAGAAAGAAAAGAUAAGGAGGGUGAAGAAGGAAAGGAAGAGUAUGAGAGGAUUGAGAUGGGGUUGA